UUACUAUUUUCAUAUUCACAAGUUUACUUCCGAUUCAUUUUGCGCUAGAUUUUUAUUUGAUUUACACUUGAAAUAAGCGUCAAAAAUAGCAAUUUAGAACGACGCACUAGUAAUAUAACUUGUCUAAGAACAGAAUUAUUACAUAUGCUGAUUAAUUCACCCCUGUUCCGUUGUAAUUAACGAGAAGAGCACUUGUUGCUAACCACGCUAUUGUGUAUCGCACCUUGUCAACAAUCGUCCAUUAUCGUAGAGAGCGGAGUACACGUGCCUUAACGGUGACAAAAUGUGUGCUGCCAUGGUUGACAGAAAUCCAGAAUAUCCGGACUAUGGUCGGCCCAUGUACGACUCCAACCCCCAGAAUGAUUAUGGUCGCCCAGCAUAUGAAUCCUAUCAGCAGCCCGGGGACUACAGGAGAGGUCAGGAAUAUGGCCAGGAGAGAUACAACCCCACCUCACAGUAUCCAGGCUCCUCCGACCCCCCAGUGCCUGAUGAUUUGCAGAUAACCUCGGGAUUAGUCAGUUUAAGUGAUGAAAAAGCCAAAGAGCGCAGGCAUCUGAUUCAGAUGGAAAUGCGUAAGGAGUACGAGGACCACAUGCGGCGACAAAAGCCUGUGUAUUAUACCACAGGCAGUGUAGAUGACGGGCUCCCGAUCGGAAAUUAUGCACAGGCUCGCAAGGUUCUGGACACUGAGCGUCACAGAGACUACAAUAAAUAUAUGAAGGAGAAAGAGGAGCAGGCAAACAGACACCGUGAUGAGAUGAUGCGUCAACAGCACGCCUCACCCCCACACCCAGCCAAUCAGACGGAGAUGUACGACCACAACCAGAUGUCGCAACAACUCCGAGAGGAGCGACGGAAGGAGUACAACGAUUACCUGAAACUGAAGGAGAACUUGGAGCAUGAGAGCGCAGGGCGACCAGUUACUCCCCCUGGUGGGCUCGCUCUAGGGGGAUACGAGGUGUAUCGCAAUCAGCUCAAAAAGGAUAGAGUCCGCGAAUAUAGGCAGUCUCUGCUUAAGCAACAAAAUGAGCAAUGGUUGCAACGAGCUAAAGAAUUUCAGUUGGACACAUCCCCCAGCCACGAGGGGCACUUGGAGAGUGAGCGCCCUCUAGUGGGCUCCCCACGGAAUGUUAUUGUUGAUUAUAAAAAAUUAAAAGAAGAGCUCAGUUCGGAGCGUAAGAACGAUUAUAACCGACUCUUAGCGCAGAAAGAGGCUAAUGGUACCCCCCGCGCCCCACCCACCCCUCCCGUGGGCCUCAAUAUACCCACCGAGGCCGAGAGGCACAAAAUCGCCGAACUCAAGAAGAGGCAAUAUCGAGAUGAGUUGUUGAGGCAACAAAAAGAGCAAAUCUUGAAUCGAGCUCAGCACCAGCUGGAAAUUCCGGUGAUAGACCGCCGACAGCCAAACUCUGACCCCCCUCCUCCCAUAAACCCUCCCCAGGACCGUCCUCCCUCGGGGAGAUGGGACCCCCAGUCCUAUAGACAAAGCAACUUUGAUCAGGUGAAGAGAGUUACUUCCCCUCCACAUCAAGCCAACAUUGGCCAUGACGAUUAUGGCGCCUUCCGCAGACAGACGGAACACGAGGUCCGCAACAAGGAAUACAAUGACUUCCUGGCUAAAAAACAACAUCUAGAGGAUGAGAAGAAGCAGAAGUUGGCAGAUCAGAGACGUCAGGCCCCGGCACCGAUCGUCAAGGGAGACUACUACGACUCAGAGCAGUAUGACCGCAGGCGACAGGCCCUCAACGACCUUCAGCACAGAGAGUAUCAGAAUUACCUCAAAAAUGGGGAUCCAUCAAAUCAAACCAGUGCCCCACAUAGCUAUUGGACCAGCUUACCCAUGGUAGAAAGUGAACUCAAGUACAAUGAGUUCCGCAAAAAGCAGGAAAAACAGAGAAACUGGGACUACAAUGUUCUACUGAAGCACGAUCAGCAGCGUAAUCGAGCCCCGACACCAGAUCACCUUCAGGGCUUGCCCCUCAGUCAGCGGCAAUAUGAUAGCAUGCGUAAAAUGCAGGAAAAACAGCGAAAUCAGGAAUACAACGAUUUGCUGGCAAAGAAAGGUUUCAAUCAGCACCAGCCCCCGGAGACGAAUCGUCGCCCAGAGCUGGGUCUGAAGAGUGAGUUCCAAGACCAGUAUCAAGACCCGGCAGCUCUCCUGACAAACAGGGGUAGAUACUCGGAGUUGGAGCAAUACUCGAGUCGGCGUGACAAUCAGGCACGGUCAAACUUUGAUUCUCACGUUCAGAUUGCCCCUCAGGCCAUUUCUAGUGACCAAGUUAGGACAAACAGUGGGAAAGUGAAAUACUAUGGACUGAUGACAGAGACUCAGGAACAGUACAGAAAUCCAGUAACAAAGAAUUUAGACAAAGGGCCAAAAAUGGGGAAGGAGCCAGCCGGUCGACAAUCUCAGCGGAACGCUCCAGUGGGCUCACUCAUUGCUGGUGACCGAGUCGAUUACCCCAGCAGUGCCAACGAGAGAUUUAACCGAGAGCGACGCAAGGAUUAUAAUGAUUACAUCAAGCCCCAAGAUCUGAAGAACAUCCACAGGAAAAGAGAGGAAGCGAUUGCUAAGAUAGAAUCUGAUGGAAUAGAUAUGGACAAAGUCCGAAUCUUUCCUCAGGGAGAGUACGUUGAAAGGCAUAAACAGCUGCAGGAGGAGUGGAGGAAAAACUUCCGAGAUUUUGCUGCCAAGAAGUACGAAAUCGUGAAGAAGGACUUGCAAGAACGGGAAAGGGUCCUGGCCAGUUAUAAUCAGAAGGAGAUUGACAAUCCGACGAUUCUUCCGGCGGGGGAAUACAAGGAGAAACAAAAGCACCUGCAGCAGCAGUGGCGAGACGAGUGUCGGGACUAUUACUUGGGGCAUCCUGUGGUUCAAAGGUCAAAGGAAAUAUGGCGGGAGGAUGAACCAGUCCAUACCAUUCCGCAGUCCGGCGAGUACAAAGGCCGACGCAAGAGGCUUGAUGCUCAGCUCCAAAAGGAGUUUAAAGAAUAUCAAAGCCAGAAAACUCCCCCUAAAGAGCGAGUAAAAGAGUUUGGAUCGCAAGGGGCAGUCCUGUUUGAUCCUGUAUAUAACAAGGAUGUCAAGAAUCGAAUGCGUGAGGAGAGAUCAAAAGAUUUGAAGGAUUUCCUAGAGAAGCAGGAGGCCGAUCGGUUUAGGAAACAGGAGAACACUCGACCUGACAAUCGGAUUGGCUUCAUGACUCACCUCGGGCGACCGGUCGAAGAGAUGAGGGAGAAACUUGCCAAGGAGCGGCACGAGGAAUAUAAUAAAUAUCUCAAAGACAAAUAUAUCUCACAGCCACAUCAGCGCCCCCUGGAACGACCCAAGUGGGUGGACUCCAAACUCAUGGAAGAUAAUUGGCAGAAGGAAGCUGCUGGCUCAAGAUCAAGGCCGACCAGUGACAAGCCGAUCCAUACUCCAACGUACGAGGAGAUGCUGGACAAGAAGAGGAGAGAGGAGGCCUCCUACCGGAGAUUUGAUGAUCCGGAGUACUCCAGGUCCGGAGCAGAUCGAGGUUAUGACGCUCAAUACAGACGCUAUGAUCAGUAACUGAAGCAGGGAAUUCAGAGAUUUGUUUCAAGUCGGAGAGGCGACAUGACAGAGAUUUUUUUGUACUGUAAAGAGUGUCACAUUGCGUCCAUUCUGAAAGUGACUCCGUCCAGUAUUAUAUAACCUAACACUAGUAUAGACCAGAGUAUUAAUACAAAGCAGCAGACCAAAGCUACUGUAGAUGUUACAAUGACCUGUAUAUUUAUUGAUCACCGCCACUCAUAGUUACUUCCCUUUAAACAGAAUCUGCCUCCUUUCUCAUUCCCUGAUCAAACCUUGUUGUGUGGAGCUUUACGUUAAUUAACUGUUUUACGUUAAUCAUUUGUUGGAAUUUAUACAGAAGUGCUGAGGUGUUAUGUCUUUUUGACGUUCCACAAUGGUGGGACUUUGUCUCUUACUUAUGUGUGCCAUAACCAGAUUAAAAGGAAAACCCUAUGUUAAAAUCCAAAGUUUCCUAAAUUAUUUUCAUUUGUUGAGUCCUCUAGCAUUAAAAUUGCACAAUUCUAUUUUCUUAUUUUAUAUUAUAAAUUUAUUAUGAUAUGUAUAUAUCUUGCAAUUUCAGUGUAUUUAUUCAGUUCAAUACAUUUUUAAGGUAUUUUGAAAUAUAUAUAAUAAAAACCAGGAUUCUGCUGACAGAAAUCUGAAUCGCAUUGUAUGAUGAUCUGUUUGUUUCUGAGUUCUUGCAUGUUUACAUGUCGAAUGUCAAUUCAUUGGUGGUUAAGGACUUUGAAGUGAUAUUAGUAUAGGAGACAGAAAUGCUUUAUUUAUUUAUAGAAAUAAAUAUUCACAUACAGGA